CUCGUUUUUAGCGCUAUUAAAACCAUCACAAACAUUAUAGCCGAGCCGCCAGUCAUCGUAAACAGGAUGGAUUACACGAUUUUACCCGCAAUUCUGGUGAUUUCUUCCUCGCUGUUCGCUUACAACGUGCUCAGCCAAACCUGCUACGACCUGGAUAAAAAAUGCUGGGGUUACAUAGCAAAAGAAGGCCCGGCAUAUGAGAAAUUAGCGACGCUCUCUCCCGGAUCUAACUCAACCUGGCCCGUUACGGAGGAAAUCCUUCAAGAGUAUCGCCUGGCUGGCGAGGCGUACUGCCGACAGGUCAGUGAGAACGCCUACUGCCUGAGACACCUACUGGACUUUUGUCCCGGAUUUUAUGAUGAUUGCGAAAUACGCUGCUUUACACGGCACGACUCCGAGCUGCGGAUGAUCAUCGCCAGACUCUGCGAGACGACGGUCGGACCGGUACAAAUGAUUCGUGCGGUGACACACUGCACCCAACAAGACCCGGAACACUUUCGGUCUUGCUGUCUCGUUCGCAGCGAGGAUGGCAAGGUCGAAAGAAAUGGAACUAUCGUCGCUGCGCGGCACAAUGCCUGCCGGGAUAUUCAGGCUACUACGCUCCGCAUGAAUGGCACCCAAGGCGAGGAAAUGGCCAUAAAAUGUGGACAUGACGCUAUGGAUACAAUCAAGGAAGCGUUCACGCAGUUAUACGCCCUUCAUUGUUUAAAUUGACUUUGUACUUUUGACAGUGUGACAUUUGAGUAGUGCAACAUUUGAUAAUGCAACCCAAAUCGUGGUUACUAGUACUUCUAUAGUACUUGAAGUUGCCUCCAUUUUCUCGAACUGUUAAUUUUUUGCAGAGCCUACAGGUGUUUCUUGAAUGAAAACCACGUUCGG